ACUUGUAAACUGUUUAAACAGACCUAAUUCCGAUGAAAGGGGAAUGAGUACACUGCGAACCUGGUGUCAUUUAGAAUCAUCAGCCAUUUCUCUACCACCAUUGAUCUCUCGUCACAGUAUUGUAAAGCUUUCAAACCUUCACGGAGCCAACAACCGGAAUCGGAUCCUGUGGUGGCCAAGAACACAGUUCGUAAGCUUCUCCGUCGCGCUUCAACCAAUCCCUCUUCUUCUCACGGCUGUCUUUACUUUAAUGGCCAAUACUCAUUUCAGUGGUGAUGCUGAACUCAAUUCUGUUGAUCGGAGUUUUACUGAGAUCGUAGUUGUACGUCAUGGUGAGACGGAGUGGAAUGCCGAGAAAAGAAUCCAGGGACACUUAGAUAUUGACCUAAAUGAUGUUGGGAGACAGCAAGCAGUUGCAGUGGCUGAAAGAUUAAGUGGAGAAUCCAAAAUCUCUGCGAUAUAUUCUUCAGACCUGAAAAGAGCUCUUGAAACUGCUGAAACAAUAGCAAACAGAUGUGGAGGGCUUCAGGUUAUUCAAGAUCAAACCCUUAGAGAGAGACAUUUAGGUGAUCUUCAAGGUCUUGUAUAUAGUGAAGCACCAAAAAUUAAAACCAAAGCAUAUGAAGCUCUUCAGUCUCGACACACUAACGUUGAAAUCCCUGGUGGUGGUGAAAGUCUAGAUCAACUCUAUAAACGUUGCACAUCUUCAUUACAAACAAUUGCUAGUAAACAUCGAGGGGAGAGGGUGGUGGUGGUGACACAUGGCGGUGUGAUCCGGGCACUUCACCAACGGGCUUAUACAGGAAGCGGGCAGCGGGCAGGAAGGAUACUGAAUGUUUCGGUCAAUGUUCUUCACUUAUCAGAUCCUGACCGAUGGGUGAUCAAGUCAUGGGGGGAUGUGAGUCAUCUUAAUGGGGCUGGGUAUUUGGAUUCGGGUUUUGGUGGUGAUAGAACUUCGGGGUAGUUUUGUCAUUUUCUACAUUGAAUAUUUAAUCAUGAAUAGAUUGAUUACAAUAUUAAAAAAUUUAAAAUCUUGGAAUUAUUGGAACGAAUUAAUGUUUGAAGUUGAUUUGUGUGUGAUCCCAUUAGUUGG